UAAAAAUGCAAGUGAGGUUGAAAAUUUCUGGGGGCCGAGUGACACAGGCUUUCCCCGUGGGUGAAUUUCCCCGGGUCCGGCUUUAUGCCGAUUCUCAAGAAGGUUUUGUAACACCGCCAGAGUUAUAAAAGCACAUCCAUUCCCCUACUUCGCUUCGGUUCAUUUCUCCCGUUCGCCGUGUUCCCUUUUGGUGGUUAACUUGCCGUCUUCCAUUCGCCCUCCUGUUCUAUCCUGUCCAUCGCUGGACAGACCAUCUCUUUCUUCUUCUCCCUUUCGCACACCCAUACACUUGUGAGCUCUGUGCGAGGUUGACCCAGCAGCUCUAUCACCAUGGGUGACGCUGUAGCUUCAAACGCCCUCGCCGAUACCAUGCGAGUGGAGGCACCCGUCACCUUCAAGACUUAUAUGAUGUGUGCCUUUGCCGCCUUUGGUGGUAUCUUUUUCGGUUAUGAUUCUGGUUAUAUUAACGGUGUCAUGGGCAUGAAAUAUUUCAUCCAAGAAUUUGAAGGCUUGGAUCCUGCCACCACCGACCCGGAUGAUUUUGUUAUCUCCUCGUGGAAAAAAUCCUUGAUCACAUCCAUCUUGUCGGCAGGCACAUUCUUCGGUGCGCUGAUUGCUGGGGAUCUUGCUGACUGGUUUGGACGUCGGAUCACCAUCGUCUCCGGUUGUGCCAUCUUCAUCGUUGGUGUCGUUUUGCAGACCGCAUCAACCACCGUGGCUCUUCUCGUGGUGGGACGUUUGAUUGCGGGAUUCGGUGUCGGUUUCGUGUCGGCCAUCAUUAUCUUGUACAUGUCAGAGAUUGCUCCUCGCAAGGUCCGCGGUGCCAUUGUGUCUGGAUACCAGUUCUGUAUCACCAUUGGUCUGAUGCUGGCUUCUUGUGUCGACUAUGCCACCCAAAAUCGCACGGACUCCGGUUCCUAUCGCAUUCCGAUUGCCAUUCAGAUUGCCUGGGCUCUCAUUCUCGGUGGGGGCUUGCUCCUCCUACCGGAAUCGCCCCGUUAUUUCGUCAGAAAGGGCCAGAUUGAUAAGGCUUCACAUGUCCUCGCUCGUGUCCGUGGUCAGCCCGAGGAUUCGGAGUAUAUCAAGCAGGAGCUGGCGGAGAUCGUUGCCAACAAUGAAUACGAGAUGCAAGCGAUGCCCCAGGGUGGGUACUUCACAACCUGGCUGAACUGCUUCCGUGGAAGUCUCUUCCACCCCAACAGCAAUCUCCGCCGUACCGUCCUGGGUACUUCUCUUCAGAUGAUGCAGCAAUGGACCGGUGUCAAUUUCGUGUUCUACUUCGGUACCACAUUCUUUACCUCCCUCAAAACGAUUUCGAAUCCCUUCCUGAUUAGCAUGAUCACCACCAUUGUCAAUGUUUGCUCGACGCCCGUCUCGUUCUACACCAUGGAGAAGAUCGGACGUCGUCCCCUGCUGUUGUGGGGUGCUCUUGGCAUGGUUAUUUGCCAGUUCAUUGUCGCCAUUACCGGUACCGUCGUCGGUGACAAGGGCGGCAACAACGCUGCCGUCAGCGCGGAGAUUUCUUUCAUCUGCAUUUACAUCUUCUUCUUCGCCAGCACCUGGGGUCCUGGCGCAUGGGUGGUCAUCGGCGAGAUCUUCCCUCUGCCCAUUCGUUCGCGCGGUGUGGCUCUGUCCACUGCGUCUAACUGGCUUUGGAACUGUAUCAUCGCUGUCAUCACUCCGUACAUGGUUGACCAAGACAAGGGCGACCUCAAGUCCAAGGUGUUCUUCAUCUGGGGUGCCCUCUGCACCUGCGCCUUCAUCUACACCUACUUCCUCAUCCCGGAAACCAAGGGGCUCACCCUCGAGCAGGUCGACAAGAUGAUGGAGGAGACCACCCCGCGGACCUCUGCCAAAUGGAAGCCUCACACCACCUUCGCGGCCGACAUGGGAUUCACCGAGAAGGACAUCACUGACAAAGUCCACGUCGCCCAUCGGGAAGUCUAAUCCACUCCUAUGGGGGUCGGUGGGGGGUCCGUUUUGGUUUCGGGGGGGUGGUUCUGCACAUUACUUUUCUCUCUU